GGGAGUAUGGUCUGGAAAUAACCAACAAUGGUCCCAUCACAACAGGAGCUCAAGCUACUGUUCACGCCAGCCUAAGUAUGAAGAAUGACAGUGUUGCAUCAAACUUGUAUCACUUUAACUGGAUUUAUGCUCCUCUGAUUCUGAUAGAGAAAUCCGAGCAGCGGUUUAACUCCGUAAUUAAUGUGAGCGGUGAAUUUCCUGGGACUUUUCCUGUAUCUGUCUGGGUGACUCAUAGAAACUGUUGGUUAUGUCGGCCGGUUGCUAGAAAUGUCACCGUGCUUCAGAUUACAGAAUCUAUCACAGGGAAUCUUAGCAUUGCGCAGAUAGAAGACAGUAGAUUUAUCACGCAUAGUUCUAGUUCCUCCAUGGGUUCUGUAACCCGGAUUUCUUUCUGUCUUCAUGACCCAAGUCAUUACUUCAAGUCAGCAUCAUUUGUCUACAACUGGGAUUUUGGAGAUGGAGUUUAUCAGAUUACCAAGGAACCCUUUGUCUACUAUAACUGCUCUACCACGGGGAAUCGCACAGUGCAUCUGAAAGUCAUAGCUGAAUGGGAACAAAUUGGAAGCAUCAUACAUGAAAGAGAAACGGUGCAGAAAACUGGUGAUUUUACCACUGCUCUGGAGCUAUUAGAUGCUGUUAAAAGUAUUGAUAUAGUGGGUUCCAGAGAGACUCACGUAAUGGAAAACUUGAGUUUAUCUCUUCAUAUCAAUGGCACCCCGCCGCUAGCAUUAUGCUGGAUUAUAAAGUCCGAGUGCAUUCCACUUGAAGGUGAAAAAUGCCAUCUGGUGGGGAUUAAUGGUUCAUGCUACAAUCUCAGCCAUACCUUCAGUGAUGCUGGACAGUAUUGCCUCAGCAUCAGAGUGGAGAACGGCGUGACGAUGCUGCAGACAUACCAUGAAAUAAAAGUGUGGCCAACAGGGAUCCAGCCGGCUUUCUUUGUCCUGCUCUGCAUCACUCUGGUUUCAGUGAUGCUAGGACUGGUGCUGUACACGACCUUUCGAAGUAACACACAACAAAAAGAUCUUGUGGAGGUAGCUGACUUUGACUUUUCUCCACUGUCUGAUAAAAACCUGUCUUCUCAUUCGGAGUCAGGCUGUGGCCAUAUAUGUUGCAGAUCAUGUUUUCUUCGGUCAUCGCAAGAAGCUGCCAGGGAGAGUCAUGAACUUCUACAUUCUUUUUACAAGCCAGUCAAAAUGUACACAGUGUGAAGAACACAAUUGCACUUUGGUUACACUAACUGCUGAGUUUAUCUUUCUCACUUAUGAUGAGUUAAAAGCCCAGUGCUGCAUGAAUGGUUUGGUUUUGCCAAUGCAAUGAGGUUGACCACUUUAAGUCCAGCACUUGAGCGUUUCAUUCUCUGAACUAAAAAAGAGCAACCUUGAAACACAGUAAAAAUAGCUUUGUAUUUUUAAAUUAUAUGAGUGUAUACAUUUACAGCUGUAAAUGCAGCAUUUUAUUCUUAUGAAAGAUUGUUUUAUGUGCAGGUUUGCUAAACUCACUACCUCUUGUAAUUUCUCUGUCCCUUCUUCUGUCUGUUUCAAAGAAGAAAAUGCUUAAGACAAACAUACCUCUUUCCUAUGUUACAACAAUGUUAUUGGAAAUGGAAGUCACCC